CAUAGCACCUUUAAACCUUAAAGUACUGAAGGAGAAAGAAAAAGAAGACCAACUCAGAGAAACCAACAGGAAAGUUCUCCGAAGAAUGUCAAGCAUGAAGGGAUCUGGAAAUAAAUUAUCAAGUAACAAUUACUUCUUAUUGAUUCUACUGUCAAAAGCUGUUAUAACUAAUUCUAAACAUAAGGUUCUAAGUUCAGAUAGAACUUCACAGAGAGUUCUACAUAAUUUUCUUAUAGAUUAAAUGUUGACACUAUUUUCUAACAACCUUGUUAAUGCUUUCAACCUUUGUAGUUAAAACAACCCAACAGACUGCUAAAUAAAAGUGCUAGGAGAAGAUUAAAUGCGAACAUAUUCGAUCUAGAGCCAAAGCUUCUGAACGACAGCAUCUUGAAAGUCCUUUCUGACCCUUGUAAUGCUAGAAAGAGAGCUGAUCUACUUAAACUGAAAGACUUCUUCAAUGACCACGAAUUCUUCAGAGAGCUUGAAGAAAAUAAUGAAGAAGAUACUGUCUUAAAAUGAUUUAAAGCAAUGAAAUAUGUCGAACACAGAAAAGAUGAUCUUAUUUUCAAACUUGGGGACGAAGGCUUUUACUUCUAUAUUAUUUUGAAAGGAGAAGUUGGGAUUUAAAAUAAUGGUCACUAAAGAAUAUGAAUUCACUCAAAACCAAUAUCACAAAUUUUUAAUAAAAAAUUACGAAGAAGUAUGAUGGGAAGGAAUAGAAAAUGGAGAAGAGCUCAAAUCAAAAGUAGAUUCUUUGAUGGAAAAGCAAAACAAGAAGCUAACUAAUAGGGGAUCAAAAAAUUUGAUCAAUUGCAACCAAUCUAUAUCUAUGAAAGACUUAAAAUAGCUUCAAAAUUGCAAUGAUGAAAGAGGUCAACGUCCUUGGUGCUGGGAAAUGCUUUGGAGAGUUAGCCUUAAUCAACUCCUCGAAAAGAGCUGCUACUAUCUAUUGCAAAACAGACGAUUGCAGCUUUGCAAUUCUGAGCAGAGAUGAUUUCAAAGAAAUCGCUGGCAAAGCAGAAAAGAAGAAGCUUGAUAAAAAGAUAAACUUUUUAAAAUAGGUUUGAAAUGUUUACAGAAUUUACUUAUACAACACUCAGAAAGUUUUCUUAUUUUAUGGAUGAGCAAGUCUACUCCAAAGGAGGUAAAGUAUAUUCUGAAGGAGACAUCCAACUUGGGAUUUUCUUAGUUCUUGAAGGAAGCUUUGAAAUUAUUCAGAAAUAACCCAAUGAAAGUAAAACAAAAACUUAAAAACAAAAUCAUAAAACUAAAAGAUAAAAAGAGCAGUCUUUCAGUUCUCAAAGACCUUAACUACUUCCGCUUAGCUUCUCUUACUGAAGGAGAUCUUUUCGGUGUUGAAGAGGUUCUUCAAAAUGUCCCUCGCAAAAACACAGUAAUCUGCACCUCAGGAGGUUAUUCCACCAUUUACUUCCUGCCCUCUAACCAACUUCUCCCUCUAUUCAAGUCCAAAUAAAUCCCAAGAUUCCCUCCAAAAAGCCCUAUCCCACCAAAAAUAGCAUAAACUCCCGUAUCCAACAAAUAAUCCAAGUUGCCAACACCGAAGAAAGCCUUCUCCAAAAACGCCCAACUUCCUUCUCAAAAUCCACCCAAAAGAAAAACUGAAGAAUAGAACUGAAGAAGAAGAUUAUUACACUGAGUAAUUUUUAUAAGAAGAGUGAUUAUGCCAUGGGCAGUCACAAGAAAGUGGAUAAGGAGAAGGAGAAGGAACAAAGUGGUGGCAAGAGGAAGGGGAUAAAGAAGAGUAAGAAUAAGGAAUUGUUACCAGAGUAUUCGAAGAAGGCUAAGAAGAGGAGUAAUAAGUUGAAGAGACAGAUUACCAAGCUUAUUAGGUUUGAUGAAGAUAGUAAAAGUAGGAAUACUCCUACUGAUCAGAGAAGAAAAUCUCAAAUUCGCACUUUUCACAGGAAAUCGAAAAUACUUCAAGUGAACCAACAAAAAUUCUUUGAAACAUCCUUAGCAUGCAUCAUUUCAGAGAGUAGAGAUAGCUACGAUGAUACUACCCAUUCAUUAAUUAAAAUCAAGAACAAAAGGAAAGAAAAAAAAUUCAAAGAAUUUCUUUCAACAGAACCUACUCCCAAAUAAAAGAAAUAUGCUUUUAAGAAUUGGAUACUCAAAAGCUAAAGACUCUCCUUUAAAAAUUUCAAAACUUCACAAAGAUAAUGGCAAUCUAAACACAUCAUUUAGUUCAAUCCUUUCUAAAAAUGACUUCAACGAUCAUAUCCAAAUUCCUAACAACCUCCCUUCAAAAGCCCAAAACUCUCCAUCACCACUUUCUAAAAGCCAAUUCCUAAUCUCUCCUUUAAAAUAACCAAUCUUGCACAUCAUACCAGCUCUCCCCCUCUCCAACCAAACCUUCCAAACAAGUCUGCUCAAUCCUCAGACACACAGAUAUUCCAAUCCCUUCAGUACCCAGAAUGGCUUCUUCAGUAGGGAUGCCAGUGAGGAAGAGAGCAAAUGAGGAAAGGAACAAAUCGAGAGGGGUUAAGGCUGAUGUUGGUUUUGGGAAGGUAGGGAAGGAGGAAGGAAAAAGGUCUCUCUGCUACAACCCCAAAAGAGCCCCUGCAAGAAGUAAACACCUCAGUAGAAAUAUCAGCUGCUUCAAAGUAGAUUAUACUAGUGAUGCAAGUGAGGUUGUUUAUAAGUCAGUUGAAUGAGAGAAAGAACAGAGAAAGCAGAAGAUUAUUGAUUGAAGGCAGAAAUUUACAAAGAUUUUUAUGAAAACUUACUCUGGAGGUUUCAGGAAAAAUAAGAUGUAA